GUAGAUUAGAGGGCCCGUGUUACUAUAACGACUGAAUGGAUCCAUGCAUCAUGUAAGUAAGGCCCAUCAUCUGCCGCCUUGCGCUUGCCGUCGAAUGCACCGCUCCGCACAGCAUCCGGUUUCCUAUUCCAGCCAUGGCGAUGGCCUCAGUCCGAGCAAACCCGCUCAACAUCGAACCCCUCGGCAUUCACACCGUUUUAUUUCUUCUUCCUUCGAACUUCUCCGUUUCCGUCAUUUCUCCCACGUGUCGCGAUCCACCACAGCACUGCCAUCGGGAUUUCGGCCAGUCUAGCGACCUUCUGGGAAGCCAAAACGGCAAUCCGGCAACGCAUCCAGAAUGUGGCGGCCACUCACGUCGGCCAUUCCAGCACAAAGCGAGA